AUGGCCCCGGGCAGUAAGGCUGUCGCCGUGCGAGCGCUGCAGUACAUCGGGCCAAGAAGAGACACGACAAAACAUGAUCGGACAGACUCUGGAGCAUCGCAUCCUUUUCCCUCGCCUCCCAAGCCUGGCCAAUGGCCGCAGCAUAAACCGCGAUGUUUCGUGGCUUUCCUGGGGCUGAUGCGCGUCAACGGCGGCCGCAGUCGAUCCUUCCCGUCGUUGCCUCCGCGGCCUCGGUGCCAACCGGCUUUCCCCAGCUUCACCACGCUAUACCCGGGCUGCCUGGCGUUGGCUCCCGCAGAGAUCGCGACCAGACAGACUGGAAGCGCCGGCGAUGCUAGCGCAUUGCCUGGCAAGGCUCUGAACCCCAUCUAUACAACUUCCCAAAAAACCCAACCUUUCCUUGUAGACUACCCUGUAUCCACGUGUUUCGCCGUGGAAGCGCCCGGCUCCCUUGGUUGA